AUGGCCGGAGCCGAGAGUCCCACCGGGUGCCAGGCGGAGCUGGAGCCCGUGGUGUCGCUGGUGGACGUGCUCGAGGAAGACGAGGAGCUGGAGAAUGAGGCGUGCGCCGUCUUGGGCGGCAGCGACUCCGAGAAGUGCUCCUACUCGCAGGGCUCAGUGAAGAGACAAGCACUAUAUGCCUGUAGCACCUGCACGCCAGAGGGAGAAGAGCCAGCAGGCAUUUGUCUGGCUUGCAGUUAUGAGUGUCAUGGAAGUCAUAAACUAUUUGAACUGUACACAAAAAGAAAUUUUCGUUGUGAUUGUGGAAACAGCAAGUUUAAAAAUUUGGAAUGCAAAUUAUUUCCUGACAAAUCAAAGGUAAAUUCUUGCAAUAAGUACAAUGACAACUUUUUUGGCUUAUACUGCAUUUGUAAGAGACCUUAUCCUGAUCCUGAAGAUGAGGUUCCAGAUGAGAUGAUACAGUGUGUGGUCUGUGAAGACUGGUUCCAUGGCAGGCAUCUUGGUGCCAUUCCCCCUGAGAGUGGGGAUUUCCAGGAGAUGGUGUGCCAGUCUUGUAUGAGGCGCUGUUCUUUUUUGUGGGCUUAUGCUGCCCAGUUGGCAGCAGAUGGGGGAACAGCAUGUAAUGAGGUAACACCAAGAAACGGAGUAAAAACACAGCAUGUCACCAGAUUACCUGCUGAAGAUGAUGGGCUGCUGCUGAAUGCUGUUGGGAUGGGAGAUCAAGAUGUUAUCAAGCCUGCAAAUGGAGCUCACCAAGAUAAGACCCUGAAAGAGAAUGUUCCAGAACAGGGAAGGGAUGCUGACAAGGAGGUGAAAGCUGAGCGGAAUGACGAGCCCUGCACCAGCUCCAGCUCUGAGGCUCACCUCCAGACAGUAUUUAAGAAUGAAAAUAUCAAAACCGAGCCUCAGUCUGGCUGCAGACUUCAGGAACUCCAAGCCAAACAGUUUCUAAAGAAAGAUGCUGCCACCUAUUGGCCCUUGAACUGGCGCAGCCGACUGUGCACCUGCCAAGACUGUAUGAAAAUGUAUGGAGACCUAGACGUCCUGUUCCUGACAGAUGAAUGUGACACAGUUCUGGCUUACGAGAACAAAGGCAAGAGUGACCAGGCAACUGACAGAAGGGACCCUUUAAUGGACACCCUCAGCAGCAUGAACAGAGUCCAGCAAGUGGAGCUCAUCUGUGAAUACAAUGACUUGAAGACUGAACUUAAGGAUUAUCUGAAGAGGUUUGCUGAUGAAGGCACGGUUGUUAAGAGAGAAGACAUUCAGCAGUUCUUUGAAGAGUUUCAAUCAAAAAAGAGAAGGCGAGUGGACGGGCUGCAGUAUUACUGCAGCUAGAGUGGAGGGCUAUGCUUCCUCAGUCAGCUUCACGGAAAUGCCACUGUUCCGGAAUAAAGAGACCUGUGUCACACUUGGUUCCCUUUCCAUCCUCCCGUGGCCUCAGGCCCCCUUCUCCUUAACAGUAGCUGCAGUGUUUACGCUGGCCUCUCAACAAGCAUCCUCUAUGACUCAGCUCAUUCCACCGACUGCAGCUUUCCUGUCCAGGAUACCCAGGAGUUUGCUUAUGUUUUAAGAAGUUUGAUUUGAUCUUGAGAAAGCAAAUUAGCUUCUUUUUUAACAGUGUGUUCCAUGACUUCCAAAUGUGUGUCCAUAGAGCUAUUGCUUCUGGGUCCUCUGUGUCUUGCAGGUUCUCUUCCUGUCAGCCUGAACCUCUGUGGGAACAACCCUCUCUGCCCCCAUGAUCACGGUGCCUUGGGUCAAAGCUUCCUCAAGCCUGCUCUGCCAGUGCUCUCAGUGCUUUCUGAGAUUUGAUCAUGGCUUGAAGUGAUGGGAACUUUCCUCUGUACCAAACAACCUUCAGAGUGGCCAGGACUGAUCUGAUUGGAGGUUGACUGGCAGGAUUGAGGAAGGGAGCCUUUGUUCUGAGUUUCGCUGAUUAGUUUAAAGUGAAAUUUCAUUACCAUUCUAAUGGUCCUCAAACCCCAGUGUUAGUACUGUAAUGCUCCUCGGGCUUCCGGGAAACCACUCAUGUGAGAGCCCCUCUGCUGCUGCCUAGAAAUGACUAGAUCCUACCCUUGACAAGUGGGUGCUUUACAGAGUCCUCUGGUUUCUUACAUUAUCAGGGAUAUGCAUACGCAUAUAUUAAAAAUGGACCUAUUUUGAUACUGUUCUGUUAGGAAAAUGUUAUUGGAACCCUAGUAAGUUAUUUUUUCCCUUGAAUCUGUGCUAAAGGCAAAGAAGUAUACUGAGUGACCUUAGUGGUGGUAAGUGGGGCAGAGGCAGCCCUGCAAGAGAGAUGGAGGACUCCAGCCAAAGCCCUCAGUUAUAUACACAUUGAGUCUUUGUAUGCAAACAGUGUGCCCAGCCACUCCCCUUCUUGCUGGUCUGAAGGUCUUCCUGGAUUGUAUAAAACCCUGUGUUUGAGGGAAGUCUUUCAGAUGGUAUGAAGUCUUUUUAAAGUUCCCUCAGUCUAUGUGGAAACAUCUUUUGAUCCACAAAGACCUAACUUGUACCCUCAAGAGGAACAAGGUCUUCCCUAGCACACUGAGAUACAUUAAAGACAUUUUAGGCCACGCGUUGGUGUGUGAGCAGCAGUUGUAUGCAUGAAUACUCUUCAAUUCCUGGACAAGAUGAAGUAGUCUACAAAUAAGGCCUCAGGAAAUGGCAUGGCUCCUGUACUGUGUAAAGCCUGCAGCCUUCUAGUGACAGAUCCUGUGAAGACUGCUACGUGGAGCUGGAAGGUUCUUCAGGCUGCAGGCAAAGCCUGUGUGCACUGAGCUGGCCUCCUGGAUAGGGCUCAGUUAAAAACCUCCGGUGCCUACAGCCUAGGGAUCCUCCAAGUCUGAGGUUGUUUUGAAUUUGAGAGUUGCACUUUUCAUGUUACCAGCAUGUUGUCCUCAAAAUUUGUAUCUUCCCAGAUAUCAGAUUUAACUACCAAAAAGUUGUCUGCCCUUUAUAGGUCAGCACCAAGGUGUAGCAGUAGUGUCAGUGAGCAGCAAAAAUGCAAACCGCCAUUGUUGAAGGGCUUGCCUAAGAAAGGUUCCCCACUUAACCAGAAAACCUCUUUUUGUACCUGUUCACAACUAGUUUUCUUACUAUUCUCAUAGAGAUGGUUUGGGUCAACAUGUGGCAGUUGAUAUUAAUGCAUGUUUUAUGCAGAAGAAAAUGUGAUACCAGUUGCUUUUAAGGAAUUCUGGCAUUGUAUGUACAUUUUUGUAGAAAUUAUUACUCAACAUACUUCAAUCAGGUUUCUGUAAAAUCCAAAUUAAAUCAAUUCAAAAUA